CCUUAUCGUGCGCCGUCCAACCUCCUCUUUCCGUUGCAUCAUCCGUUCUCCGCUGAAUAAGCCCUUGCAACCUCUUUCAGUCCUUUACCAUCUCCACCAUCUCCAGCACAGUACACAAUCUCACAAACCCUGGCGCGAUCAUUACAUCCUUUACGCGAUUACCCGCAAGCCAUUCUCAACCCGCCACCUCAUCCGACUGCUGGUAUUCAUAAUUAGGUUGGGCCGUUCGCAGCUACUCGCCUGUCUGGAGCGCUGACCGGCCGUCACCUGCCUGCCCUCGCUCAAGACUACAUCCACUUCUCAGAAUGACUGUGUCCUCGGCGCGGACCUAUCCUGAGGGAUCUCACUAAGGAAUCCGACUUUGACCUCCUCAUUACGGUGAACGCCGUGAACGCCGUGCUCGCCGUUCCCGCAUCCCUUCCAUCUUCGAAUGAUUGCGAAGCGUUACAACCGCCUCUAGACCGCAAAUAUGGAGCAUACACGCUCGCAGAGUCGACGUCUUGUGACUUAUGGCUCUUCCACGAGAAAUCAACCCCGUACAAUAACUGCGUCGGCAGCUAAGGAAUCAUUGGACCCCGCCGGGAAGAUGCGCGCAUCGCAUUCAACAACGAACCAAAAGUCUGCAAGCGAGCAUCGGAACAAACAAGCAAGACCUUCAGAGACGGUGCAAGCGACCAAGGUCUCGGGGGCGCUGCGCCCAGCCGAACAGGAUAGCAUUUAUGACCUUCCAUCAUCCGAUGAAGAGGAUCUGGACCUAGCUGCGCGGCGUAAGCGCCGGCGGUAUGGUGUUGACACGAACGGGGGUGCCUCUUAUUUCCGCAAUUCUCUCGCCGUGAGAACUCCACCUGAUUCUGAAGCAAAAGGUGGAUCUCAAGAUCAUUCGAUCAAAUUGAACCCCACGAUUCCCCCUCUCAAGGUCGAUUCGCCUCGCGCAACACGACACGUGUCAGGCCGGCGAGGUGCCCAGCCACAACAGAGUGACAAGACAUCAGCUAAAAACUCGAGAAAGCCCGCCGGAGACUUGCCAGUGAGUGCGUUUCAAAGGACUGAACCGACUUCGCUCCCCCCUCUCGACACGAGGGGACAAUCGAGUCAUUCGAAGGCCAAGCAAGCCUCAUAUGGAAGCAUAGUACCUAGUCCAAUAAUGGAGCAGCCGGGAUCUCCGAGCUUUCAAACGCAAGCAAGCACUCGAGGUGGAAAUACGACACCCACACGAAGGAGGCUAAUUGAUUCACUGGGUACACGAGGACAAUUGGUGGAUGCGUCACCUAGCAAUGCAGCUGUUAGCCAGCCACCCUCUCCUUUUACACCCCACAGCCCUAGCCGACCAAAGGCAUUACCUCCACAAAGCACGCGCGUGGACAGUCAGGCUACAGAUUCAACCCAGGAAUCAACCGUCGCGGUUUCACCACAUCUAACCGGCACUCGAGUCACAUAUGCUCGCCAACGUUCGUUUCUGGACGACCUUUGCCUGACAGAUGACUUAACUGGGCACAACAUGGCAGCUGCUUUUGAGCAAGAUGGUCUGUCGACGUCUCAAUCCCGGAGAUUUGACGACCUCCCCCGCACCCGUCUUUUCGAGAUUGAGGAAGUGAACAAUGAUGACGGGUCUAUUAGAAGUAUCCAUGAGCUUCGUCGAGCUGGAGGGAAUGCCCGUUACCGGGGUGCAGUUGAGUCGAUCUUUGAAGACAUUGAAGACCCCCACGUGUCCAUAUCUGGUCGAUGCAAUUCUUUCGUUCAGAUCUGUGACAAGCUGCUCGAUUCGAAACAAGCACGUCAAUUUGUCGAGUGCAACUUUGACAGAAGGCUCGUCGAUUGCCUCUCUAGGAACCUCGACACGGUCUCUGCUUCACUAGCUCUGUGCGUGUUUGGAUUAGCUUCACUAGGUCGAUCUUUGCCUUAUGUUUUUGCAGCUGCGGCAUGGCCAAAGCUGAUUCACAUACUGCCCCCUCUUCUGGGAAUUCAGGAUGACCUAUGUGCGGUAGUCCGCGCUCGAGGCAGCAAUUUGUCCAAGGCUGCCCAAAGAUCGGUGCAAAAUAUCGCACCCCAAAUCCACACAGCCUUGUUUGCCGAUGCAUCCGCACUGAGGCUCUCUCCAUGUGUCUUGGCACUGCACUGUUUGAGGGUGACCAUCUCAGCAUUCCAGGCCAAGGGUGAAAUACCUGAUGAUCUGCCUGCUCCUGUGCUGAGUCAACUUGUAAAAAUUCUUGUGUCCGAAAGCUCACAUCUUCAAGAGAAGCCGACGGAUGAUGCGGAGAGUUUACAUGUAUUGAUAUUGGGUUUAUCCAUUCUCGAGGUUCAGAUCACGUCCGGAGAUUCUGCUCAAGAGGAUCAGCGUGAUGCCUUUGGUAUUCUCUCUGGCAUGCACAGCUUGCUUCGACUGGAUAAAGAAGCCAGUUCGAUACGCCAGCAGGUGCAGACACUCUAUCUUCGCGUGGUCUUGAAUACCACCAAUAGCAACCCAACGCUUUGUGACAAGUUUGCAACAGCAGCCAUGAUUGACGAGCUAGCCAUGAUUGCGAUAGCCAGAUUUGGCGAACUAACCGAGGACACCCUUACCCACGAGAACAAUUCUCUCGAUACCGUGAUUCUAGCUCUGGGGGCUCUAAUCAAUCUGGUCGAACAGAGGGAGGCAUCGCGCACGAUGUUCCUCACUUCUGGUAGUGGUGCAGUAUCCAUUCUUGAUCAACUCUUACAACUCUUCUUGGCUCGAGUUGAUUCGACCUCUCAGGCUCAUUCGGUUUUGGAGGUACAUCACAAUGUCGCUGUGGGGUACUUGGCUGUUCUUCUCCUAGCACUUUGCCUACACACAGGCGCCCGCAUGCGAAUUAAGGAGUCCCUUCGUCCCAAUGGAUUAACAAUCAUCAUGUCCACUGUGAAUGAAUUCUUGCAGUACCACCAAAAGAUUGAACAAGAGCUACACCCUGCCCAAGCCAAUAAGGAGGCCAGUGGGUUCUUGGUACGGCUUCAAGACCUUAUCAAUGAAAUUCAACGCAUUGAUUAGGAGAGAGACUGGGCGAUAUUUGAUACGUCCGGCCUGGGUCUGAUGUACAUAGAUGGGCUGGUCAGCGUUUUGGGUUUUGGUGUUGGGUUUACCAGGCCAGGCAGGAAUCCGGCUGGCGGCAUGGAACAUAAUAGGCAUUAUAUGAAUGAUACCCUUUGCGAGAUGAGCCAACGAUGCUCUUGUUCCUCCA